AUGGACGAAGCAAUUUUAUUAACGAAACUGGCUGCACCAAGAAAACGAUUUCAAGGCAAAGGAUCGCUUCCACUUGGUAUUUGUGAUUUGCAGUCUCUAGAAGGCACUGGAGAACGAUCUUCGGCACAUUUAAAUGGAGCGUUUCUUCAUUCUCAACUGUUUAUGGAAGCACUAGUAGAUGUAUUGAAUGACGGCCUUGUUGAUUCUCCUCAAAAUAGAGAUAAAUUUAUUCAAGUAUGUUCACUCCAGCAACAGAGUAAUCAGAAGCAACUGGAAAUAGUGGACGAAUUUAAAGAUACAUACGAAGCGGAUUAUGCUAUAUGGUGGUAUACACGAGAAUCUUUUCUCUAUCCUUUACUCAAUCAAGCUUUUCGUGUUGAAAAUAUUACCAUGUUACUACUUUGUCGAUUUUUUAUUCGAGAUAUCCAUCAACGAAUAAGUGAUCUAGGCGAAUUGACAUCAGUAAAUGAAAAUAUGACUUGCUAUCGUGGACAACUUAUGUCAAGAGAUGAGAUUGAUCGUUUACGACGUUUGGUUGGUAGUAUUAUAUCGAUGAAAACCUUUUUUUCAACAACACUUAAUAAACAAUAUGCUUUAGUUCGAGUCGAUGUUCCUAAUCAUAAUUCAUCGGUUAAUAAUAUUGAACCGGUUUUCUUUGAAAUUACUAUUCAAUGUAGUAAACUUUAUAUGCGAGAACCAUUUGCUAAUAUUAGUGCUGAAAGUUCUUUUCCUGAUGAACAAGAAAUUCUGUUUUCAAUUGGUAGUCUUUUUCGAAUUAAUGAAGUACUUAAUGAAGAAGGAAAAUUCUGGAAAAUUAACUUGAUAUAUAUGUCAAAAUUCGAGAGUCCAUUAUUGAAAAACGACGGCAAUUAUCUAAAUACCAUUUAUAAACACAUGAAAGGUCACGAAGUGUAUACACGUUCAGAUAUGGGAAAAGUACUUCAUGAAUCAGGAAAAUUGAAUGAAGCCGAAUCAUAUUACCGACAGAUGAUUGAUUAUGUGUCUCAACUCGAUCCACAAGUUCUUCAACAACGUGAUCAAGAAGAUGAGUGUUUGAAAAAAUUAUUGCAAUGUCUUGGAGCAGAAACCGUAAAAGUGGACCAUGCGAAACGAAUUACAGAGAAACUGCAUUAUUAUCGUUUUAUGCUCGCGCUCAUUGCUCGAGAGAAAGGUGAUGACGACGAAUGUCUUUUUUGGUCCGAAUAUCUACGAUAUCCAGAUUCUGAUUUUGAUCUUAAUCAACUUUAUCUAGUUUACUAUCAUCUUCUUACCGGUGAAGUAUAUGAGCAUUCAGGACAGUUUAAGAAAGCAUAUCAAAAAUAUGAAAAAGCAUGGAAUACACUAAUGGUUAUGACUAAUGGAGAGGGAAAUAGCAGAGCUACGCCUGAAAUUUUCAUGAAUAUAGGCAGUAUUUUGUUGAUAAUCUCUCAAGGACAAAAUGAACCAUUGGACUUUUACAAAAAAGCCCUAAACAUAUAUCAAGGAAUGUUACCAUCUGGUCAUCCAAAAAUAGGUGUGGGUAGGUUGAAAAUUGCUGAUUAUUAUCGAAAUCGUUCUCAAUUCCAGUUGGCUUUAAAUGAAUAUGAACACUGUCAUCAAAUAUUCGUUCGAUCUCUUCCACUUGAUCAUGCUAACAUUGGAUUGACAUAUUAUGGAAUGAGUCUUUGUUAUCUAAUGAUCGAUCCUCAAAAAAAUGUGGUUCAAACAGUAUCUCUUCUAGAAAAAGCGAAGAUCAUCUUAAAGAAGCAUCUCAACGCAAGUCAUCGAUGUUUAAUUAGAACAGAAGAAGUAUUACAAGGAUUAAAAGAUAAAGUGACGACGAACAAGUAA